UUCAUUCAACAGGUGUCGGAGUCCGGGCAUCCUUAACGUCUCUUACCAGAUUUUUUAACCUAACAUUCUUUUUAAAUACAUAUAUUUAAACACAUUUAACGUCGGAGGAUUACGAAAACCGAGCUCAUUUGGAGAAUUAUUAUAGCUCUUUGCUGAACUGCUGCUUUCAGGUAUUGUUUUUUAAGUUCAUUGUGAGAAGAUGGCGAAUAAAGGACUUCAGCUCCUGGGAUUUACUCUAUCGCUACUGGGUUUGAUUGGGCUCAUUUUUGGCACAGUCUUGCCCCAGUGGAAGAUGUCUGCCUACGUUGGAGAUAAUAUAAUCACAGCGAUAGCGAUGUAUCAAGGCCUUUGGAUGUCGUGCGCUUUCCAGAGCACCGGACAAAUGCAGUGCAAGGUGUACGACUCCAUCCUACAACUCGAUGGUUCUCUCCAGGCAACUCGUGCCCUGAUGAUCGUCGCGAUCCUUCUCACAGUAGCGGGACUGGGUGUGGCCAGCAUGGGAAUGAAGUGCACUAACUGUGGUGGUGAUGACAAGGUCAAAAAGUCGCGCAUUGCCAUGACAGGCGGUAUAAUCCUCAUUGUUGGAGCCCUCUGUAGCAUUGUUGCCUGUGGCUGGUUUACAAAUCAAAUCGUCAAGGACUUCUACAACCCCUUCACACCUGUCAAUACGAAGUAUGAGUUCGGUGCGGCCAUUUUCAUCGCCUGGGCAGGUGCAUUCCUGGACAUAAUGGGAGGAGGCAUGUUGGCUGCCUCCUGCCCAAAGGGUAAAUCAUCUCCCAGGUACCCCAAGUCCUCCAGACCUCCCAGCAGCAGCAAGGAGUACGUUUGAACCAUGCCAGUUGUUCACAAGCUGGAGAAGAUCAUAAUGAAUCGCAGAGCAUCUGUAGAAGUUUCCCUAGUCAGCUGAUCUUAGAUAUGUUUAGAUUUUAAUCUCUUCUAUUGUGUUUGACUUAGAAUAGAACAAACAGCUAAGAUCAGUGUCCUUGGGAACAUUUUACUUGUGCUCAGAUAUAGCAGCCCACCUCAGAAAAAGAGGUCACUUCUGUUUUCUUUCUUUUGAUAAACACCAAGUCUGUUUUUUCCUAUUAUAAAUCCUGUUACUGGUGGGAGAUUGGAAAGAGGGGCGUUCUUCCCCAGUGUGUUCCUCCUUUCAUAAGACUGCCAUGUUUAGUGAACAUGAAAGAGAGAGGCAUGCUCAGGGAAAAAUCGUCACUCAUACUGGCAUCUCUACUGUAAAGCCAUUUCCUGACCUCAUCUGCCUUGCUUUCUUUGUGCAGCACUGUGUGAAUUGUGCUAUACACUGAGGUGCAUGUGAAGAACAACUUAAAAUGUAUCUUUUUUUUUUUUUAAAGAGCUAAGGCCAACAUGCUAAUUUCUGGUUCACUUUGCUGCAUAAUUUCCGUCUGGUGACUGUGACAUACCAGACCUUCUCUUUUCAAACAGUACUUC